GGGAGCCACGGGGGAGGAGAAAAUAAGAGGGCAGUGUGAAACCACAGUGUUAUUCCAUGCAGGGCCGGACGUAGGGGCAGGCACACACAGGCAGCUACUGCAGAAGCUGUUAAUGCUCAGCACAGGGCAGGACAGGAUAGAUAUUUUAUGCAUUAUUUAGUCUCCUUCUGUUCUUAACCUGGGAAAUGAACUGACCUGACUUACUCCCACGUGUUUGUUUCCUUUGUGACCAAAUAUUUAAUGUCGUUCACCACUUGGCAGACUUGGAUUCUUGCACUGACAUAAGUUGACAGGCGAGUUAGCCAGGGCGUUAGCCACAAGCGUACAGCUGCUCUGCUGCACAUCGAACCUACUGUCCAUCUGUAACCGGGGGGAUUCUUCUCAUCUACCCAUCUCUCUACACAUCCUGCUUUCAUUUCAGGCUCUUUGCAGAUAGAGGAAUGAAAAUCUGCAACCAUGAUGGAAGGAUUGAAAAAACGUACCAGGAAGGCCCUUGGGUUACGGAAGAAAGAGAAGGACAAUGACUCCGCAGGGUCCCCGGAAAGAGACAGCGGUUCUCAGAAGAGGACGAAUGGGGCCCCUAAUGGCUUCUAUGGAGACAUUGACUGGGACAGAUAUAACUCUCCUGAGGUGGAUGACGAAGGCUACAGUAUAAGACCUGAUGAAGAGUCAGAGGAAGGAGUACCAACAGCCAAAAAGUCCCACUUCUUCUCGUCUGAUGAGUCUGAAGAGGAGGAAGACCACAGGAAGAAAUUCAAAAUCAAGAUCAAGCCGCUGCCUGCUGAUUGUGUUAUUGCGGCACCAUCAGUGGAUGAGCUUAAAGCCUCCAUAGGCAACAUAGCUCUGUCCCCUUCUAUAGUGAGACGUAGCCCGGGUUUGAAAAGGAACACAUCUAGUGAAGAAAUUGCCAGACCGAGACGCGCCAUUCCUUCUGUGCCCGCUGUGGCCCCCACACCGGCUCCAGCACCCCAACCACCCAGCAAUCAACAAGCAGCAGUCCAUGCAGACACCACAGCCUUAUUCGGGCCUCCUUUGGAAAUGACCUUUGGAGAACAGAAAACUGAAGUGGUUCUUUCUGAGUCCGGUGCGUGGGGAACCCCUUUCCCAGAGCCUGAAUCCUCCUUGACCAGGUCCUUCCCCACAGGAACUCCUCCUCCACUCCCACCGAAGAAUGUUCCAACUUCUCCCCCAGUGACUGGAGAGCCCUCUGGAGAUGAGGAAGAAGCAAACGGUUCGAGGAAGCCCUCCAUAGCAGACUUGGACAACAUUUUUGGACCAGAGCAUUCUCCUCCUGCAGGCGAGGAGACGAGCGACAAGUGGGUCUGCUUCAGUGAACACUCCCCUGCCGGACCUCCGCUACCGAGGAAUCACACCCCCCCGCUGCCUUCCUCACCACCUCCGCCAGAAGAACCAGCACCACCACCACCACCACCAGCCUCCCCACCUCCACCUGAUUCUCCUGCUCCUCCUCUACCUACAUCACCACCUCCUCCAGAAGAGAAUGCUCCACCUUCCCCAAAAGAAGACCUCGCUCCUCCUCUUCCAACUUCCCCACCGCCUUCUGAAGAGCCAGCUGUUCCUCCCACUUAUUCAGGUCCUUCCACGCCCGAAGACCAAAAUCCUCCCACCUCUCCACCCCCCGCACCUGCAGUGUGUAAAUCACCUCCGGCUUCCUCCCCUCAUUCUCUUGACUUACCCCCUGGUGUCCCAUCAGUUCCCUCCCCCAAAGAGGGCACCCCAGAGACAACGACGCCUCCUAUUGAACAGCCUGCAGCACCUUCAGUCCCACCACCUCUAGUCCUCCCUCAAGAGGAACAGUCCAAGAUCACGAACACCUCCCAGCCCAAAGAAGAUGGAGGUGAAACAGCCACUUCACGGAAAGAUGCCAGCCAGGGCAGUUGGAUCACGCCUCCACCACCUCCUCCUCCUACAUAUCGUGCGGUGGUUCAAUCACCAGGUCCCGCAUCUGGAACUAGCAGCACAAACAGCGGUUCCUCCUCACCUGUGAGACCCUCUACACCUUCAUCAGUCAACCCAACCCCGCCUCCACCUCCACCUCGACCCCCUUCACGACCCAGGCUCCCCCCUGGGAAACCUGCUGUUGGAGAUGCAAAUCGGCCAUUCAGCCCACCAAUUCACUCUGCAAGCCCUCCCCCCAUCGCCCCGUUAGCGCGAGCCGAGAGCACCUCCUCCAUCUCCUCCACCAACUCCCUGAGCGCCGCCACCACACCCACAGUCAACAAGGAGCUGUGUGUGUCCGUAUCAGAGAAUGACCAGCCAUCCCUUGUUUGGUUUGACAGAGGGAAGUUUUAUUUAACCUUUGAAGGAUGCUCCCGAGGACCUAGUCCUCUCACCAUGGGCGCUCAGGACACACUCCCAGUAGCUGCUGCAUUCACAGAGACAGUCAACGCUUUCUUUAAGGGAGCUGACCCCAGCAAGUGUGCUGUGAAGAUCAUAGGUGAGAUGGUUUUAUCGUUUCCGGCGGGAAUCACGCGGCAUUUUGCCAAUAACCCGUCCCCCGCCGUUCUAACUUUCAGCAUAACCAACUACAGCCGACUGGAGCACGUGUUGCCUAACCCCCAGCUGCUCUGCUGCGACACCACCACACAAGCCAAGUCCGAUGCCAAGGACUUCUGGGUGAACAUGCCAAACCUGAUAUCACAUUUAAAGAAGGUGUCGGAGCAGAAACCACAAGCAACCUACUACAAUGUGGACAUGCUCAAGUAUCAGGUAUCGACGGAGGGUCUCCAGUCGACUCCUCUGAGCCUGGCGGUGAGCUGGAGGUGUGAGCCCACCAGCACCAACCUGAGGAUAGACUACAAAUACAACGGGGAGGCCAUGACGACGCCAAUGGCGCUCAAUAACGUCCAGUUCCUUGUCCCUGUGGACGGAAGUGUCUCCAAACUACAAGCUGUCUUACCCCCGGCUGCAUGGAAUGCAGAGCAGCAAAGAAUCCUCUGGAAGAUCCCUGAUAUCUCACAAAAAUCUGAAAACGGAGGUGUGGGGUCCUUGCUAGCACGUUUCCAGCUAACAGAUGGUCCCAGUAAACCGGCUCCACUGGCGGUGCAGUUCACCAGCGAGGGCAGCAACUUAUCAGGAUGUGACAUUGAACUGGCUGGACCAGGAUACCGAUUCUCCCUCAUCAAGAAGAGGUUUGCUGCAGGAAAAUACUUGGCUGACAACUGACCGGUGCUACUGAGAGCAGCACUGGUGGGCGAAACGACGGUCGUAGAUUUGAGAUGGGCACCGUGACCAGGGGACGGAUUCACACCAGACUCUCCCUUCCAUGAACCCACACAACAGCUCCACAGCGCCCCCAGCAGUAUUGUGUGUAACUUGCAUCUAGCGUUGUGGAAGUUUCAGGUCGUGUAAUUCUAGUUUUUGUUUUAUCUCAUAACACAUGUGUUGCUGCAGUCAGACUCCUGGGUUCCUUCGCCCCUUUUCUCUAUAACGUCUGUGCCUCUUGUCUCCAUCGCUCCUCUGGUCAAAGGGUGCAGGGAUUAAUCAAGCUGCAGCUGCCUGACAGCAACCAAAAACUCAAACAGAAAGAAUAUUGGACUGGGUUUUAGAGGAUUUAAUGGAAUCAGUUAGCUGCAAGAAAAGCAUUAUUCACGGGUAUUACAGGGUCAUGUGACUGACAUCUCUUUGAUACACACACACACUGAGAGGAUUUUAACCUGUGAGGCAGCUGCAGCGAUGAGUCAGUUCACUGGUUUCAAAAUAAAAUUAAAAAAAUGUUUCCUUCAGAACAAAAGACGUGUAAAAAGUGUCAUUUUAAACCAGUAAUAUGUAUCUUAAAGGGCGUUCAGUGUUUUCCUUGUAUUGUUGAAUAGCAUCUCUGUUGUUCCCGGGACAGCAGUGUUAGACACCAGAGUACAUGACAGCAUUCUAUUUUUAUUUAUUGAAGACAACGAUUUGUUGUAUAAAACAUGUGAUUCUGUAUAUGAAUAGAAUUUGAGUGGUAUCAGAAUCCUUAUGUGUAUAUUUGAAUGAUCUCUCUCUCUCUUUUUGUUAUCUGUGUAGUUGGGUAACCUGUGUACAGUAUAAGGUAUAAUUUUUUAAUUUAUUUCAGAUAUAAUUUUUUAAGCGCAACAGAAAAUUUGAGCUAUAUAUGGGUGGUGGGGUGGGGGUAAUUUAAAGAAAAUGAUAAAUAUCUUCCUGGAUGCUGUUUUAUGCUUUGUGAAAGCAGUGUUAUUGUAGAGUUAGACAAACUCCAUAUUUUUAAAUGUUUGUGUUUUAUUUUGAAAGUUUGAGCGAACCAGCAAACCCGUCGUGGACUUGUAGAUGUUUACCUACUGGUUUAUCGCUGGGUCCUUCAGCUGCUUGUUUUCAUUAGACUGUUCCUGAAUCAGUUUUAUACGUGUUGGCGGUUAAGCCAAGUUUACGCUUCUGUGUCAGCUCCACAAGGGAGAGACGCACACACUGACAGAGAUGUCUUGCUCUUUGACUUCUCUGUCUCCUGGGGCGUGUUGCAAAGCAAUUCCUCGCCAGGACACUAGAGGGUGUAGCACUGUUCUGGGGUAUCCUGUCAUGAAUCUGGUCCAAGGUAGAGCAGUUACUAUUGUGUUUUUGUAUUUCAGAAACUUUUUAACACGGACAAAUCUGUCUCGUUCUCCUCCACCUCCUCAUGCACUCGCCACCUCUAAACCCACGUUUCCCGUCAUUUCCGUCCACGUAAAAAAAACGCUUGCUUUUUAUUCCUCCAGCCAUGGGUGAAUAAAACUUUCAUAUUUUUUAGAGUUUUUCCACAGGAUAUUCUUUAAGCAGCUCCGUUUCUGCCGCUAGAUACCCUCAGCUUUCUUUAUGUUUUUGAGAGCCCAGUGGCGGUGCUGUUGACGAAAGCGGCGUCCUGACCAGUCACAGGCUUGCACUCUCCGUCCAUCUUUGCGAGGUCUCUCCAGCAAGGCUUGCAAAGACGGUUAAUGACGUUAUGUGUCUCUGUGCUGACGCAGAAGCAUAAACUAGGCUUUAGAUCCACAGAAUCAGACGCUGGCUGGGAAGCAGCUGAACGACUCUGAGCAGAACCACAGCAGCAACCAGCACAGGUUUUACUGGGGCUACCUGGUUUAGGAGAAAGGAAACUUUCAAAAUAAAAGCUUUACACUGUGAAAAGUUUGACCUUUUUGUAGCUGCUUGGAAACCGUUCACUUAGCAUAAAGACUGGGUUUCUAUUCAAUAGUUGAAUAAUUACUUGCCACCAGCAGCAAAACUCCCAUUAGGUCUAGACAGGUGUGUAAAUGAGAGUUGGGUUCCAUGUCUGCAGGUACGAGACGGCGUUCUGCAAAAGAAUUAUUACCGACAGACUUUUUCCAAAUGGAAUGCAGCUCUUGUUAACACACUUGUUUCUUUUCAUUUGUCCAGGUUUAAAUAUCAAUAAAUGAGACAUAAGUCUGCUUCAUAGUAAAUUAUUAAUACCAAGUUGUAACAUGCACCUUAAAGUUUCCAAAGUUUAAUGGAUUUUUAGAUAUAGAGACUAAAUAAUGGGCGUGCAGUUCAGUCCACCUUCUUUUGUUUUAACCCAAAAUAAUUGACUCAACCAUAAAUACGAUAAAAAUAAUCGUGUUUUUACCAGGAUUUUUUUUAUUUUACUAAGUGCUCAUUGUAAGAUAAGUUUGCACCAACAAACAUGCUAUCACUGGUGUUAAUGGUUGUAAGUUCAGAGUGAAAUCAUAUGGAUUGGGCUCGAUGUUUUUUGUUGUUGUUUUUUUUUUACGGUCUUUAUGCUAAGAUAAGCUAAUGUGAAGCUUUGUGUUUUAGCACACACUGAUUGAUUGUGUGUUUCCCCAAAUGUCGAGCUGUUUAUUUAAAUACGACGAAGAAAACAAUCUGUUGUUUGUCAGCUGCAGUGAUGACAUUUGGUGAUUGUGGUACCCUUACUUGAACAGGAUUUGUUUACUGAGACAAGUCAGAUUCUUUAUUCCAACCAUAAUCUCAAACAACUUUGACGAUAAUUCACCAGUUAAACUCAUGUUCUGUUUUUAUUCACCUCACUGGAACCUGAACUCCCAGAAUACAUCACGUGCACGCCCCGAUCCUCCUACCAGCGCUUAGAUUCAUGGCUUUAUUUUUCAUAAAUGUAACGGUCUCUGUGAGAUGACGCAAAUUGAAUGAAGUUGUGAGACAAGAGUGUGACCAAAAUGUUUUUUUUUUUUUUUUGUUUGUUUUUUAUUUUACGUGUGUGUGUAGCCCAGAAAGACAGAGAAAAAGAAAAAUUAAUAUUUUUAACAUGCAUAAAAACAAAACAAAAUAUAUCUUGUUUAACAAUGUGGGAAAAAAAACACUGUGCUGAUGAUGUUCAACUUCCUGAAUGCUCUGAAACUCAACAUGAAGAACAAAGUAUGUGUGACGUGUAGUCAGAAAUCUGUGUACUGUACCAUGUGUCUGCAUUCUGCUAAAUGUAACCAAUCACGUUCUUGUGGCUGAAUCUGGGGGAAACUUCAAGCUCACAGCAGUACUCCGAGUAUUAAGUACUUUUAAAUAGAGAUGGUUUGUUUCAGAAAUCUUUGUUGUGAUUUCAGAUCUGGACUGUGCCGUUAAUGAAAUCUUUGUUCUGAUCUGACUUAUGUGUGGUGAAGAUCCAGACUGAAGAUGAAUUUUAAAAGUGAGGCAGUGAUGAACGAUUGGUGCCAUUUAGCUCCUGGUUGUUCUUUGGUUUGUUUGGUUUUCUCUGUGUUGACCGGAUGACUACAUGUCUGACAGGACGUUUAAUUUUUCUUAUGAAUUGUGAAGCUUUUAGUGCAACAGUCUCUACCCAUCAUCAAUCACCAAACACGUCUUUUCAAAGACCUUUUUAGGGUUUCCAGCUCUUCAUCUCUGUGACGAGUCAUCACUAAAGGAUGAAGCUGGUUUGAUGAUGGGUGGCGCUGAAAUGACUUGUGCUGAAUGUCACUUACCUUGUAUUAUCAUUAGGAGGAGAGCAGGGAGUGUGUUUAUGUGUGCUAGAAGCCAGAAUGCUUUUUCAUUCUGUACCGUUAACCUCAAACACGUGUGAGCUGUUUGUACAGAACAUUAUGAUGCUAAAAAGAACCGAGGAACUUAGUUUGCUUCUUUCCAAACCCAUUAAAAGUUAUAACUGGA